CGGGCCCUCCCACUCUCUCCCGCGCCGCCUCACGGCCCCGGCCCUCGCUUCACCCCGACGCCCCGCAGUGCUCAUCCUCUCGCCCGCCUGCCAGUCCCGGGGCCUCCGCCCGCUUCCCGGCUGCUUCUCCUUCGCCGCCCCGCUCGCGUUCACGCUGCCUCCCGGGCCGGCGCGGCCGCGGGCCACCGCUCCCCCUCCCGCGCCCACCCCGCCCCCUCCCCGCCUUUUCCGCCCUCCGGUCCCCCUCCCUCGGCCCGCAGCCGCCGCUCCAGAUGAGGUGAUGGCAACGGCCAACUUCGGCAAGAUCCAGAUCGGGAUUUACGUGGAGAUCAAGCGCAGUGAUGGGCGAAUACACCAAGCAAUGGUAACGUCUUUAAAUGAAGAUAAUGAAAGUGUAACUGUUGAAUGGAUAGAAAAUGGAGAUACAAAAGGCAAAGAGAUUGACCUGGAAAGCAUCUUUUCACUUAACCCUGACCUGGUACCUGAUGAAGAAAUUGAACCCAGUCCAGAAAUACCUCCACCUCCAACAUCCUCAGCCAAAGUAAACAAAAUUAUAAAGAAUCGACGGACUGUGGCUUCAGUUAAGAAUGACCCUCCUCCAAGAGAUAAUAGAGUGGUUGGUUCUGCACGUGCACGUCCUAGUCAGCUUCCUGAACAGUCAUCUUCUGCACAACAGAAUGGUAGUGUUUCAGAUAUAUCUCCAGUUCAAGCUGCAAAAAAGGAAUUUGGACCCCCUUCCCGUAGAAAAUCUAACUGUGUGAAAGAAGUAGAAAAAUUACAAGAAAAACGUGAAAAACGGAGACUGCAGCAGCAAGAACUUAGAGAAAAAAGAGCACAGGAUGUUGAUGCUACAAACCCAAAUUAUGAAAUUAUGUGUAUGAUCAGAGACUUUAGAGGAAGUUUGGAUUAUAGACCGUUAACGACAGCAGAUCCUAUUGAUGAACAUAGAAUAUGUGUUUGUGUAAGAAAACGACCACUCAAUAAAAAAGAAACUCAAAUGAAAGAUCUUGAUGUGAUCACAAUCCCUAGUAAAGAUGUUGUGAUGGUACAUGAACCUAAACAAAAAGUAGAUUUAACAAGGUACUUAGAAAACCAAACAUUUCGUUUUGAUUAUGCCUUCGAUGACUCAGCUCCUAAUGAAAUGGUUUACAGGUUUACUGCUAGGCCAUUAGUAGAAACUAUAUUUGAAAGAGGAAUGGCUACAUGCUUUGCCUAUGGACAAACUGGAAGUGGAAAAACCCAUACUAUGGGUGGUGACUUUUCAGGAAAGAACCAGGAUUGUUCUAAAGGAAUUUAUGCAUUAGCAGCUCGAGAUGUCUUUUUAAUGAUAAAGAAGCCAAAUUAUAAGAAACUAGAACUUCAAGUAUAUGCAACCUUCUUUGAAAUCUAUAGUGGAAAGGUAUUUGACUUGCUAAAUAGGAAAACAAAAUUAAGAGUACUAGAAGAUGGAAAACAGCAGGUUCAAGUGGUGGGAUUACAGGAACGGGAGGUCAAAUGUGUGGAAGAUGUCCUGAAACUUAUUGACAUAGGCAACAGCUGCAGAACAUCUGGUCAAACAUCUGCAAAUGCACAUUCAUCUCGGAGCCAUGCAGUGUUUCAGAUUAUUCUCAGAAGGAAAGGAAAACUACAUGGCAAGUUCUCUCUCAUUGAUUUGGCUGGAAAUGAAAGAGGAGCCGAUACUUCCAGUGCAGACAGGCAAACUAGGCUUGAAGGUGCUGAAAUUAAUAAAAGCCUUUUAGCACUCAAGGAGUGCAUCAGAGCCUUAGGUAGAAAUAAACCUCAUACUCCUUUCCGAGCAAGUAAACUCACUCAGGUGUUAAGGGAUUCAUUUAUAGGUGAAAACUCGCGUACCUGCAUGAUUGCUACAAUCUCUCCAGGAAUGGCAUCCUGUGAAAAUACACUUAAUACAUUAAGAUAUGCAAAUAGAGUAAAGGAGUUUGGAAUUAGUCCAUCAGACAUUCCCUUCUCACAGGGUAGUGGCAAUCGCCCUGAUCUCUCUCCUUCUUAUGAAUAUGACGACUUUUCUCCUUCGAUUACCAGGGUGAAAGAACUGACAGUAGAUCCUUCUGCUGCUGGUGAUGUCCGUCCCAUAAUGCACCAUCCACCAAACCAGAUUGAUGAUUUAGAGACACAGUGGGGUGUGGGAAGCUCCCCUCAGAGGGAUGAUCUAAAACUUCUUUGUGAACAAAAUGAAGAAGAAGUUUCUCCACAAUUGUUUACUUUCCAUGAAGCUGUCUCCCAAAUGGUAGAAAUGGAAGAACAGGUUGUAGAAGAUCACAGGGCAGUGUUCCAGGAAUCAAUUCGCUGGUUAGAGGAUGAAAAGGCCCUUCUAGAGAUGACUGAAGAAGUAGACUAUGAUGUGGAUUCAUAUGCUACGCAACUUGAAGCUAUUCUUGAGCAAAAAAUUGAUAUUUUGACUGAACUGCGGGAUAAAGUGAAAUCUUUUCGUGCAGCUCUACAAGAAGAAGAACAAGCUAGCAAGCAGAUAAAUCCGAAAAGACCCCGUGCCCUUUAAAUUGGAAUUUGCUGCUAAAGGACCCCCAGAACCCUUGCAGCUGUAACAGUGGUUCAGCUGUAAGGGUCAUUUGAGUGUUUGAAAUUUCCAGUGUCUGUGGAAAAUGUCUUGUCUUUUACCUGAAUGACAUUUCAAUUUUGUGAAACAUUUUUUGUCUACAAAAUGCUUCUAGUCCAGGAGAUACAUCCAAGAAUUGGGAUUAGUGAAGUAUUUUGUUUCAUUUACCCAUAUAGUGAUUUACUUUUGGAGAUCUUUGCCAACGUUAUUUUCUAUUUGAUGAAGUAAGUUUGUGGACGAUCCAGAGGUGGAGAGUAGAAGGAAGCCACAGCAUUUCCUAUUAACUCAGUUCAAUUUCGUACCGAGACUGAACAGUUUUAAGUACUUUGCGUGCAUGCAUACCUCAUCUGUGAUUGUACAUACCUUGCCUAAUUCCUAGAGACAGCUGUGCUCACUUCUUGCUCUGUGCCUUGACCAAGGCUAUUGACCCUAAGUUUCUUAAACACAGCCAAGAUAAAUUACAUUCCUUAUUUGUCAUUGUAAAUUACCUUUAUUGUGUGUACAUUUUUACUGUAUUUGAGACUUUUUUUGUGUGUGACUAGUUAAUUUUGCAGGAUGUGCCAUAUCAUUGAACGGAACUAAAGUCUGUGACAGUGGACAUAGCUGCUGAACCAUUCCAUCUUAUAUGUAAAGAAAUCUGGAAUUAUGAUUUUUAAAACCAUAUAACAUGUGAUCAUAAUUUUCUUAGCAUUUUCUUUGUAAAGAACUAAAAUAUAUACUAGUUGGUGUAUAAUAAAAAGUAACGAAAUUC